UGAAUAGCGUAACGAGCGUUUCGUGGCCAUGUAACAGGCCACGUAACAGGCACGUCACAGGCCACGUCACAGGCUACGUCACAGGCGUUACGUAGCCACAUAACAGGGAGGUGUUCUCCGCUAUAAAAACCGCAGCGUUGCCUUGAAGACGGUCAUUCUGCUGUUCAGUACCGUGUGUGAGGUUGCUUUGAGAAGAGUUUGAUCAAAGAGUGCGGCUUUAAAAACUUUGCCUACAAAUUUCAACUCGAAUCGGACAUGGGUGUUACCUCGAAGAAUACCAUCGCUGGUUUCUUUACCAAAAUAUUUGGUCGCCGUAAGGCAAAUAAGAGCUUCUUGGAUUCUGUGGACCGUUACGUCCCAGGGUGCGUCAAAAAUGGUUCCAAGAGUCUUGGGAUUAAAGGGCUUGAUGACUUCAACGUUGGAGAAAUAAAUAAGAGGAACCAGUAUGAAGAUCUUAAGAGGGAGGUAAAAUAUAUAAGGCAGACGACUGGACUACGAAUCAUGGUCUUGGAAUCUGAAAUGUCUAAACUGCAAGAAGAACUCGAUAAUAUCGUUCGGCAGCGGGCUCUAUUGUGGCAAGAAAUGACACAAUUGCAGGUGCACUUUGAGAUGAAGCCUGCAAGUUCAGAACCCGAGCCUAUGCCACGAGAGUUUGGGUCCACUUUCCAUUAAGGUGAGUCAGCUAGUUGAUCAUCUGUAUGGUUCAACACUGACGAAUUCUCCUCGUUAUGUAGCUUCGCACUGACAUCACAGAAAACAGUUACGUGAUAGCUACCACUAUUGUGUGACAUCGUGUUUACCAAUUGCCUAGCAAUAGUCUCUGCACAGAUUCCCCUGUUGCAAGAUGUCACAGCCUAGUGAGGAGGGUUGUUUACUGAGCGUUGCAUAGUUACGGGAUGAGUGGGGCAUGUGACAUCACUCGCACUUCCUGUUGUGCAAUCCAAGUGUUCACAUAGUUGUCGCCUAGCAACGUGCCAGUACAAUCCACAAUUCUCAUGUUGCGAGCAUGCUCCAAGGCCUCUGUGGCUCAACAGUUCCUGCAUAGAGCCAAUACGCCACAGUAUGUAUUCCUCACCGAGGUUUCGACACAAAAAAUGUCACAAAAGAAUACACUCCUCAAUGUCUUGUUUCACGACAACACCUUUAAGUUUUAUUACAUGAGAUCAAUUUGUACAAACAAAUGUAAUGUCAGUUAAGUUUCCAUAUUCUAAUUAAUAAUGUAUUUUGUAUUUAAUUAUAGUUGAAUAAAUGAUAGAAAUGUAUAUUUUAUAUUCAUGAUUACUUAUUAAGAACAUAUAAUAAGUAUCCAAAGCAAUUACAGUUACAGCAUGGCAUCAAUCUACAGUAAUGAAGUCAUUGUCUAUAGCAGGGGUCUCCAAACUUUUCGAAACGUGGGCCACAUUAAAUAAUUCAGCACUUUCAAUGGGCCAGAUAAAA